AUGGCUACCGUCGUUAUUCAGUAUCCUGUCGGUCACGACUUCGAUGUCGACUAUUAUGUCAACACUCAUAUGCCUCUAGCCCACAAGCUCUGGGGCCCUCAAGGUCUUGUCAGUGGACAGGUCAUCAAGCUCGGUGGAGACAGCCCUUACCAGAUUUACACUAUCAUCACAUGGGACAGCUUGGCUUCAUUCCAGAAGGCCAGUGCUUCAGAGGAGUCGAAGCAGAUUAAGGAUGAUGUCAAGAAUUUCACCACCGCGACACCUACCUAUGUUAUUGGCGAGACUGUUGCCAAGGCGUAG